AUGAGCGAAUUGAAUCUGCAUCAUCGUCAUGUUCUGUGCAGCAAGGAAACGACAUUGUUGGAAGGAUCUGCUCAGACACAUUUGAUGCGGAGCGAUAAAAUCAGUAAUCGUCACGAAGCCGAGCCGCUCUUGAUGGAGAUAAAGACGGUGUACGAGGACUUAAUAGCUUCACUCCACUUCGGCUUGAAAGCUAUUCUAACUGACUAUUGCAGGUUACCAACUAGCUCCGGUUAA